GGUGUGAACUCUGUACUUUGAUAUGUUUGCAAAUUGGAUGCUAUGUUCAGUCUCAAGUCAAACCAAGAUGGCGGGAUUUGGUUAGAUCUUUGUUGUGGAAGUUUUUCAAGGCCUCCUAUCAGCACUUGAUCAAGGAACGAAGCUUUGCAUUCAACACGGGCCAAAGAAAAGCAGUCAAGGAACAUCAUGAUCCGCAUUGCUGCGCUGAACGACAGCUCCAGUGAUGAGAGCGACUCUGCCCCUCAGCUGGACACCACCAAGGAGGCUCGGGAGGCAGAGGCCUUCGCUCUGUACAACAAGGCACUGGGGAUACAGAGAUCAGGUAACCAUGCAGCAGCAGCUGAAGUGUACCAGGCAUUGCUGGAUUCCAGCCUAGUGAAGGAGGCAGAACCACUGGCAGCAGAUGGAGAACCCGAGGGGCUCAUCCACCCAGGUUUGCUCCUGAAGUACUCGGCCCAUAAGAACAUGGCAGCCAUGUUGGCGCAGGACGGUAAACUGGAGGCGGCCAUGGAGUCGUACCUAGAGGCUGUGAACCUGGACAGUUCUGACGUGACGGUGUGGUACAAGAUGGGGACCGUGGCCUUACAGAUACACAACUACUCACUGGCCAAGUACUGCUUCGAAUGUGGUUUAACCUGUAACCCAAAGCACUGGCCCUGCCUUGACAACGUCAUCACCCUCCAGUAUGCCCUGAACUGUUACGAGCACUGCUUGGACACCAUCUCACAAGCCUUGGAACGUGAACCCCACUACGCAAAAGGCCUGGCCUUCCGCAACAAGAUUUUUGCAGAAUACCCAGACUUCCGAAAGGAUGCCCAACAGUUGUUCCGACUGUGUGACCCGUGUAUAGACACUGCAAAGGUUGAUGAGGAGGAGGCUAAACAGUUCAUCAAAGAGGCUCUGGACAUGCGUGAGAAGCGGCGAGAACUGAGACGCAGACCCGAGGAUCCUGUCGUUCCCUUCUCCAAACCGCUGACAUCCAUAACCUGGAAAGCUCUCGGAGAGAGUUUGGUGGCGACAUAUGAUUACGUCAAGACUGCUGAGAAACCAGUGACGAUUGGUUGUCGGGUUGACGUGACUCCAUACUUGGGAUCGUCCGCUAGUCGGGUGACGUCAGCGCCGGAAAUAAGAAGCCCCGGGAGUGAGGUAACGGUGUCCUCAUCCGUUACCGUCCAGCCAACAGCUCCCAUUCCUGUUGUCACUGCUAGUGCUUCAGGCAUACAAACAGGGCCCAUUCUGCAGCCUCAUGUCAUUGUACCUGCAACAGGCACUCAAGUGGUCACCCUGGGACAGACCUCAGAACCAAGGCCCCCUCCCGAGGACCCGUCCCUACCCAUGGACGUUGAUGGAGCCAGUCCUCAAGCCAAGCGGGGGCCGAAGCGGAAACGCAUGGCACCUGAUAGUGACCUGUCUGCAAAGAGGCGUUCUCAGAGAGUUAGGAACACCGGUAAGAAGAAAGAAGAGACGAUCAACUUUCAAGAGCUUCUUCAAAAUUAUCUGCCAUCCAGCCUUCAAGUAUCAGAUGAUCUAACAGAGGAGGAUGCCAGUAGUCAGGAGGCCAGCAGUCAGGAGGAGACAGUAGUCAGGACGGCACCUCUGGAGAGGAUGGAUCUCCUACAGAAACUGUCGGGCAACAGGAGCCCGACUUCUUAUGUACUCACAGAGCAGGUGGAUGUUCUGGAGUUCCUGAGGAAGCACGAAGUGAACAGUGGUGUUCUCCACCUGAUGAACAUGUACAUUGUGUCCAUGGCACAGCGCUUCUACUCCAAGUGGCCCCAGGGACAGCCUGAUGUGUUCCUGCAGGUGUUUGAGAGGGUGCGGAACCACAUCGUUCUCCCCUCCGUUUUCUACCGUGACUACGACAAUGACUGGAUCCUGCAGAAUGGCCUGGCUGCGCUGGUGUACGCAGAACUGAAGCUGGACCACUGGCUGGGAGUCAAGACUAAACCCUCCGUAGCACCCAGGAACUCACCAGGGAAGAGCCUGGCUGCUGCCCCAGCCCACUUGGGUCCAGACUUCCCAGGGAAGCAUUACGUGGCAGACAUGUUCCACCUCACGGCCAUGACGGCCUGUAGGGACAUCCUGGAGGACGGCUGGCUGGAGUUCGCCAUCAGAGUGUACUGGGUGAAGGCACGUUUCCUGAUGAUCCAGAGUGAGAUGGAACAGGCCCUGGAUGCCUUCGACAUCUGCACCAACCUGCUGGCCAUGCCCAAACCUGGUUGUGAGGAGGGCCAGCAUGCUCCUGUGGUGGUGUCCCUCCCCAACUGUCGUCAGGACCAGAGCAUCACGAGGGACACGGUACAGAAACAACUGGAGUCUCUGCAGAGAUGCAAGUCCCUGGAGGAGGUACAGAGGCUGUAUGAAGCAGGAAGUUACCAGCUUGUUGUGGAGGUUCUCCUGCCCACCCUGAAACAGGCUCCAUAUAAGGAGGGGAAAGUUGUGGAGGGGGUGACAGAGCGCCCAUCACAGCUGCUCUUACUGCAGGAAUCUCUACUGAGGCUGUCCAACUAUGAGCAGUGCCUGGUGUGUGGUGAGGAGUCAGUACAAGAGGCUGUGCAGCAGUGGCAGGCAGAGUACAGCAGCUCCAGCAAGGAGCAGUGGGGCAGCAUGCUGACGCAGCUGUUCACUGGGCUGGACAGGGCCAUGUCCAAGGAGAAGGACGUCAUCAAGAUCCUGCCCUCCCACCGACUGGCCCGCCUCACCCAGAACCUCAUCAAGGUCAUCGACCUGGUCAUGGCCACGGCAGAGGGAUCUGAACCCACAACCUCCACCGUCCUGCCCUGGAUCCUACUCUACAGGCUCAUCAAGUAUCAGGAGGAGCACAUCAAGUCCCUUCAGGAUGAAACAGGCAGUGUGGCCAUGGAGGUGGACGUACCAUUGUCAGUACAGGAGGAGGGGGGAAAACAGGUGGAUGCUGCUGCCGGGGAUGGAGCCAAACAACAGAGCAUGCUGCCGUCAUCCCUCAUGCUGCUCAACACCUCACACGAAUACCUGGGCAGGAGGUCCUGGUGUUGUAACAGCAAUGGUCUGCUUCUGAAGUUCUACGUGACAGUUCUGAAUGCAGAGCUGAAAGGUCUGGCUGAGAAGAGCAACGCCAAGUCUCUGAAGGAGCACCUGGAGAUGUCCCUGGAACAGUGCUACUACUGCCUGUACGGACACCCUAACAAGAAGGCCAAAGCACGCCAUCUUAUGGAACAUGAGUCCCCACAGGUGCCUUUGACCUGGGAGGAUGUAGAGCCUAUGUUCGAGUUCUUCAAACCCAAGGUCAUCCCGGAGUUUGACAGCUACAAGACCAGCACGGUGUCUGCCGAGCUGGAACACCUGCUGAGACGCAUCGUGGCGCUGGUUCCGACAGAUCCCAACCCCGCCAACACGACAGAGUCGGUGGUGGCGUAUAUCGAGGGUCAGAAGGACGACCCUCCAGCCAUCCCCAGUGAUAGACCCAUCACUCUCCCUGUGGUCAGGGAACUCUUCUAUCUACUCGCAGACUACUACUUCAAAAACAAGGAGUCCAGCAAAGCCAUCAAGUUCUACCUGCAGGACAUCUGUGUGUGUCCUGACCGUCUGGACUCCUGGGCAGGCAUGGCGCUGGCACGGAGCAGCCGCAUCGAACAGAAACUCAACUCACAGGAACUCAAGAACGAAGGGCCCAUCCACAAACACUCCAUCGCUGCACUAAGGUGUUUCAAGCGAGCCCUCCAGUUGGACAACUCCAAUGUGUCCCUGUGGAUCGAGUACGGGUCCCUGGCCUACUGGCUCCACUCACACGCCUCGCGACAGCUCAAACAGCGGAAGGAGAUCACGCUGGCGCCCGAGAUUGUCCAGCAGAUGGUCAGCAAGAAGGCGGAGAUGCUGUCCAUGAGCGAGUACUGCUUCAGUCAGGCCAAUAAGAUAGAAGGAGAUGGUGAGGAGGAGGAGUGGCUUCAUCACUACAUGUUGGGGAAGGUGGCGGAGAAGCGAGGCAACCCUCCGCAGGUCUACCUGGAACACUACCGGCUGGCGGCCGUCUACCUACACGAGGACGAGGCCCGCUAUCCUCGGAAGAUCCACUACCACAACCCGCCCGACCUGGCCAUGGAGGCACUGGAGGUCUUCUUCCGCAUCCACGCCUCCAUCAUCAAGUACAUCCUGAAGGAACCAAGUAAUCCUGACUACGACCUGCUGGAGAAAUACAUCAAGGAAGCAGCAGAGAGCCCGUUUGCUCUGGGUAAAGAAAAGAGGGAGCGACAGAGAGACCGGGAGAGUGUGGGGAGUGCAGCAGAGUCCUCCAGUCAGGAUGGCCAGGACUCAUCAUCCUUAUCUAAAGUAACGAUGGCUACGUGUAGCACAACCCCAGGAAGCACCCCUACCUCUCCCACAUACACCGCCACUCCAGUCGACCACGACUACCUCAAGCACAGGGACAUUCGACGCUUCGCAAAGAUCGGUGAAGCCAAGGUGGCCCAGGACUCGGCAGGCUUGGUGCAGGUACCGGGGACUGUAGCUGCCAGUGUGGUCACCACAUCCACUGUGUUCACUCUGUCUUCUACCACAGUGGUGGUCUCUUCAGCUACAGCUCUGCUCAGAAGUAUGGCUGAAAAGCAUACGGCAGAGUCUACCCCGGAGGGCAGCCGGUCUGUCGUGGCAGCCCUACAAAUAACCACAACAGACGAUAGUGUCCUAACUGCACAGCAAAGUGCUGGUCCUUCUGACGAGUUCGGUGCACCUUUACAGGCAGACCAAGAAGGUGAUAUGCCUACUGCAGACAAAGACCAACAGCAAACAACACCACAAGAAACAGAGGUGUUAACUGACACUCCAGUCAACCCUGCAGAUCCAUCUAAACCACCUGGAGAUGGACAGACUGAAGGACACGUUAUCACUGAUCCAGUGAUGCAGACUUCACCUACUGAAGGAAAGACUAUCACUGAUACUGUGGUCCAACCUACACCAGUGUUAGAGUCAGCCACUACAAGCAAAGCUGAGAAACAGGAAGAAGAAAAGGGGGUGUCACCAGAGGGGCUCAGCAGCAAGAAAGAGAAGGACAAUGAGGAAGCGAAGGAAGCAGUGAUGACCCAACCUUCAACACCUGUCAGUGAUGUUGGUGACGUUUGUGUCAGUGAGGAAGAAAAAGGAACUCCAACACUUGACAGCAAAGAAGAACUUGUACCUGACCCCAAAGAGGAGGUGGAGAAAGUUGUCAAGACAGACGAAGAGAAAGUUAAGAAAAGUGAAACAGUUACACCUGACACAGAUACUCAUGAAAAGGUGUCAGAAUCUGAUGUACAGAAAGCAAUGGUAGACAAGGGAGAUGAGAAACUAAUGACUGAAGUUAAAGAAAACGCAGAUCACCAAACAGAAGAAACACCUGUGUCUGUGUCUAACACCAAUGAGAAAGUUGUGGAGGAAUUGGCCCCUGGCACAGAAGUGAGCACAAAGAAGGAUGAAGACAAGGAGAAGGCAGAGAACCAGGAGGAACCAAUGGAAGUGGAGACUGCAGGGAAGACAGUACAGGAGACAUCUGAAACUUCAUCUAGUGUUCCACAAGACAAGAGUGAGGAGAAAGAAGAAGCAGCAAGCAAGGAAGAGGGCAAGAAGGAAGACACAAAACCAGCUCCCCCUGUAGACAUUGAGACCCGUAGGAAGAACCUGGUGGACCUGUGUGUCCAAGGACUUCACCUGUGUCUGCACAGAUUUCCUCAGCACUACAAGUCCAUCUACAGACUCUGCCACCUCUACUUCCACUCACCCUUCCACAAGAACUUGCCGUGGGGUCGUGACCUGAUCCUGGGUCCGAAGCAGGGCCACUGGAAGGAGCUGUCCCACAUGCCUGCCCACAGCCUGUUCCACGAGAGGAACAAGACCAACCUCUUCAACGGCAUCUGGCGCAUCCCCGUGGACGAGAUAGACCGGCCCGGCAGCUUCGCCUCACACAUGGGCCGGUGUGUCUCACUCCUGCUGGAGGUGCUACGGCAGCUCAACGAUAGCAACACACUGUUUCAGCUUGCCACCCAGCUUCAUCGUACCCCUGAUCAGGGCAAGAAGUACCUACGUGACGUGGAUCGCACCAUGCUCGCCAAGCAGGCCUACAAGUACUCCUUGGAGACUCUGCAGGACGUUGUCUUAAAGUGUUGUAGUACAGCGGAAGAAAUGGACAGCUCUCAACUGUUGAAACUUGUCCUGGACUGUUGGAAAGUCUUCCAGCAUGGACAGAGGACAGGCAGCAACAUGGAGGUGGAGAGUAACAUCCUCGCUGAUGCGUACACGCUCUACCGAGUGGACGACAUGGAGCCGGAACCAAGCCCGCUGGAACAGGCCAUCAGCUACUGUCAGAACUACCAGCAGAAGCAGCGGCUGCCGCAGACACCUACGCACGAGAAACGGGAGAGCAGUUCCACGCCCACCACACCCAGCAGCGGCGUACAGAUGGCACUGACGUUCUCUUCUCCCCCUGCCUCCACCCCUCCUGCCUCUGUUCACAUGGGGACACCCAAGACUGACGCCUCUCCAGUCAGCACUACAGGUCAGCUGCAGCGUAGCCAGCCUGCACCAAGCCAGGCCCAGUCUGCACCAACACAACAAGCGCAGCCUUCCCCCAAACCAGUCAGUAACCCCUCCCAGCCUCUGGCACCCUCCAGUAGCAGUGCCAGACCUCAACCCUCAGUUACAACAACAACAUCAUCAUCAUCACCAAAGAGCUUGCCAUGGCAACCUGCAGUCACCACAGCACAGGAGAGGAGGGAGAAUAAAGACCCUAUGGCUACCACCACACACACCCCUGAACCUUCCACUCCGCAGAAAUCAACAGCCUCACCAAUGGGUGUACCAACCAUCACUGUCACCCCUUCAGGAUCAUCCUCCUCCCUGUACAAAAGUGGAGCCUAUGAGAAAACCACGGAGGUAGCCCGGAGUUCUACCACCACGCAGCAGAGCUAUCCUAGUACCAGCUUUUACUCCAAGCCAGGGACCAGUGGGUUAACCAAGCACAGACCCAGGUCAGGGUCCAUCUCUGAGGAGACCAAACAGAGACUGAAGACAGCGAUCCUAACCCAGCAGUCAGCAGCUAACGUUCACCACACGCCGCUCCCAGAGACAGACUCUCAGAGUGAUGUGGAGUACAUAGAGAUCGACAGCAGUCAGGAGGAGUCCUCUCAGGAUAGUAUAGUGUAGGCACAAAGACACUUACCGGUAAUGUCCAAUAUACAUGUACCGGUACAUGUAUAUAUAUUGUACCGAUCCUGUUGUGUUGUUUAGGACAUGUCUAACAACACAGUGACCUGUCUCUCUUACAUUACAAUGUAUGUCCUAUGUUCUAAUAAAGCAGACAC